GGAAUGAUGAAAUAUAUGAAAUAGUUUACUGAGCCCACGGCAAUAUUCCAUAGUGCUUGGUUUCCGUUUAUUUCUCAGUUUUAAUAAAAUGACGUCAAAGAGACUGCCAGUGGCUGACACACAGCAAUGUCACUCUCUUUAGCGAAAACCAUUAAUGCCACACACAACUCUAAGUAUGCGCUCUGCGUGCCUCGCAUAAACCAGCAAUGAAUCUGAAAAACGAAAGCGGCGUUCCCGGGAGUGGGGUGAAUCCUUCGCGAACGCAGGACCUUGAGCGUUGGAGUAACAUGGGCCAGUCCCCGCUGCUGACGAGACGACUGGAGUACGACGAGCCCACGUCGGAUGUUUGGUCUACCAAGCAGAUUGCCGGGGUGGCAAUAGGCAUGUUACUGGCCACGGGAAUCGCCACUGUGUGCGUGGUGUCAGCUGUAUACGCCUUACUUGGGACAAAACACAAAAAGGCUCAAACCAAGAAGCCAAAAAAGUAUUCCUGCGCGGGAGAACAGCACAGGACCAACUACUACAGGUACUCCACCAUUCACGGAGCCGGGCAGACGCUAGCCGUGGUACAAGAGGUUGUGGCGUCCGAAGAUCAAGACAUGCCAAACGUGGACAUCAUGGAGAUGAAACCGCUGCAAAACUACCAAACCAAGUCAACAACUGUCAUGGCGGACUGCAGCGUUCAUGUGUAUGAAAAACCAAAAGGAAUUCUGCUCAAGAGUAACGAGGCAACCCCAAGAAAUAGAAACCCUGCAGGGAUUUCUGCGGAAUCAAAAAUGGCUGCUGAGGAGGUUUACAUUGUGUCCUUGGACACACUGGAAAAAUGGGACGACGAUGUCGUCUGCGACUAUCACCAAAAAAACAGCAAAACUGAAGGACCAUGUGGAGAAGCAACGAAUUCUCAAGUGGAAGAAAAAUUACCACUAUCAGAAAAUGAAAGUCUCAGGUGUAGUAUAGACGAUAUAACAUGCCGUGACAAUAUCGAAUUUGAGAAAAAUUACCACGAGGAGUUUUCAAACUCAAAGGUGCCCCACCGCGUUCGCUUUGAGUAGGGGAAAAUGCAUUCGAUCAAAGCACUGCCUUCAGGGUACAGAAAAAUAAUUUUCCCCACUAUUUCAAUUAGAUAUACAUUAUCAUAUCAUUAUGAUUCAUCUAUUCAGACGAAUUUUGAAAUAAUUGGCUGGAUUUCAAUUCUUUUAUCACAGGUUAUUCAUUUAUCUACAUAUCGAGAGACGGUAUAUUUUGAGAUAGUGGAUUUGAAUCUGUUUUUAUUGAUAAUCAAGAUGCGAUGCGUCUAAUGAUCCCUUUGGAAGGACUCGAGAUCAAUACAUAUAUUUAUCACGCCAUCGCCCUGGAGUUCCACUAAGAAGAACGGAGCCAGGAAAGGUCACGCCAAGGCCACGUCAUCCCGCGUAUCGCCAACGCAAUGGCUGUCGCAAGAAGUGACAAACUGCUGUAUACUCAGCACAAACCAUGUUGCCUUUUUUGUAGGUAACAUGUGUAUAUUACUGUUAAAGGCUCGUUCUGCUACUACAUGAUAUAACAUUUAACUUUUAUCCAAAGAGUCGAAAUCAUUAACAUAUAAUAAAAUGGUAACGGUCGUUAGGCCUACAUGUCGAAGACGGACACUGCAGAAGUCCAGGUAAAUGGCCAGCACUGUUUAGCAGGGUGAUCAGUGAUUUUCAUCCAGUACUUUUCUUAUGAAUAUCAGAGCAGCAUUUCCCCUACGAAAGAUCAUCCAUACAGAACGUGGAUGGGUACCAGGAUUACGGAGCAAAAUAUAUAUGUUCAAGGUACUUAUAUCAAGCACGCAUAGCCCUACACUGUGUGUUGGUAAGGUGCAUCCAUCGAAACCGAUCUGAACGAAUAAACGGCCGUGGGUUUCUAUAUUUCUAGUAGUCCUGAAACAUAUUCCGCUGUGACUGUAAAACUCUUCGUAUUCGUUCUAAUAAUGAAUGACAACUGCAAAUACAGAUGACAGGCAAUUAUUUUUGCUCAUGUUGAAUCCUUCUUUACAAGAUGUUACCCACACCGUGUAAACAAACAAAGGGUAUGUCCAAUUUUGCCUUAAACGUGAACCUACAGAACAUAUCUAAAGUCCAUUGCAUUAAAAGGCAGGGGCGGAUCCAGGAUUAU